GGCUGCCCUUCGUCCGACUGGCCAUGUCACCGUGUCAGGUGGCACUUGGUCAGGCUGCGGGUCCCGCCGCACGACACGUGUAGUGCUGACGUGGCAGUGAAGAAGCGGCGCGACGGUCGACACACAACAUACACGACGUGGUAGGAAAGAUGGGAGAUAUGAKGGCAUCGAGCRAAGAUCAACARCAGCAAGCGGAUGCGUGGUUGGCCGAGCUGGAGGAUGGGAGGCUUCAGUUGCAGGAGAUUGUGCGGUUGAUGUCUUCUCCAUCGAACCACCCAUUACAGGUCCAAGGGGGUGGGCCUUUAAUGGCUGAUUGGAUGGAGGAUAUGAUCCAGCAGAUGCUGGAAAUUAUCUGGGCUUUUGAGGAAGGGCCGGAUCCCGGGCUUAAUGACAUCAUCAAUCGCGAGAGGGAGAGUGGGAUUAUGCGUAGAUGCUAUGAUCUCUUUCGGGAAGGGCGAACACUCUCUGACAGCUAYUAUAAUAGCGGCAGGGAAGGMKACACGAMAACAUCAACGAUACCAACGGUGAGGACAGGAGAGCUGGUUAGCGACAACAACAACAACAGUGGGGUCAACAGCGACAAGACAGCGGGGCAGGUGAGUAGCAAUAUUAACAACGACGCUAUUGUCAGGGGUGCUACGACGGCAGGCUGUGAAGACGAGGAUAACACCUGCGUCGACAACAACAACAACAACAACAACAACAAUGAUAACAAGGACAUCAACGACAAGAUCAACAUGAACAAUAUCAACAAAGUCAACAAGGUUGAAGACGAUGUCAUCAACAACAACAACAGAGACUGUGCGACGGCACUACUUCCACCAACAGUGGUGUCAACGGUGCCAGUAUUGCUGGCGGCAACAAUGACAACAGAAGCAACGGCCGAAACAACAACAACAACAAUUACAAUAACAUCAUCGGCACUGGUGAAAACGAAGACUAUUACGAUGCAACCAGCACAGGGGGAGAGGAGUGGGGAUCUGACGAGGACGGAGAGGAGGGGUUUCUUCGCCAUCUAUUUCAUUCUGGAACUGCUCUUUGAUGUUCGGCGGCGGAUGGGAGUAGGAUAGUGGUUGUACCCCCUGUUGAUUGGAGUCGUCCGGCCCAUGAUUCCACACAACAAGGGGCGCUGACUGCCCCCCUGGUAGGCAGAGGUAGUCUAGGGUGUUUGAUGUUUCCUUGACCGAGAUGGCUGAUGAAAAUGUCUUUCAUUAGCGAUAGGAUUCGAUGACAGGAGGUUAACUCUUUUCUGCUGAUUGAGCUAGGGUUUCGUGAGUCAGAUCUGCUGAGUGAGUGUUUGAUGGCAGGAGGUCAAUCCUUCUCUCUUGAUGGGAAGUAAUCAAUGCCCCUGCUAAUU